AAUUAACAAUUAACAAUUAACAAUUUAUUCUAUUCUUACAACCUCCUAGUAUAUAAAUAAUAUACACAUAUACCAUCUCAAGCUAAGUAGAAAAGAAAGGAAAAUAGCAAAUCAGUCCAAAAACUUUAAGAAAAUGAGAAGUGUGAGUACCUUCAUUGCUCCAUCAACAAUAGAACCGCCAAAACCAACCAUAAAAACCACAUUAUCCACGUGGCAUUCACCGGCACCGUACUUAUUUGCCGGUUUAGCAGCUAUGUUAGGGUUAAUAGCUUUUGCACUUUUAAUCUUAGCUUGUUCUUACUGGAAAAGCGCCGGCGAACGCUCCGGCGAGAUUACACGCGCCGGCGAUGAUGCCGGCGCCGGCGAGAAAUUGAAGGUUUCGCCGAUAUUUGAAGAGAAAAUUGUAGUGAUAAUGGCGGGUGAUUUGAAUCCGAGUUAUUUGGCUAUGCCUAUUACGAUUGGGGAUGAAAAUGGAAGUAAAGUUGAGAAGAAAUUGGAAAUGGAAAGUGAAGAAUUAGGUGAUGAGAAGCUUAAAGAAGAAGUAAUUAUGGAAGUUAGAGAGCAAAUUGAUGAAGAAUUACAAGAUAGUUAAUCUCAAAACAGAGCCUUUUCUUCAUUUUUUUUUUUUUUCCUUUUCUUAAAAUCCUGUUUUUUAUUUGGAUUUUAAAUUUUGAGUUUCUGGAAGUUUUAAUUUUUGAUUGAGACAAGAAAGAGUGCGAGAAAUUCUCAUUUUCCUGUAAUUUGUAUUUUGGGAUUUGACAGAAUUUAGUAGGCGUUGCCAGUUGCCACGUUGGACAUGAAGUGAGUGAUAUUUGAGAUAUGUAGUUAUGCUUG